CUAGCAACUAUGCGUGCACGAUCCACAACCUAUUCCCGCCCUCUUCCACAACACUUCCAGCCAACACACAAUAGUCUGGUUUGAUUGUCCGAGGAGCGCCGAGUCCUUGAACUGGUCAAGAUGGACGACGAUGGGCUGCUCAUGAACUUUGCGGCCCCACAGCCUGUGAGCAGAGCCAGUCGCACGCAGGUCAGGAAAGGUGCUGCUCAGUCUCGAGCAAGUCGGAGUGGAGCGCCUCAUGCCAAACGACAGAGCAACGGCGAUGCUUCAAUCAGCUCAGACACCUCCGCUUUAGCGUCUCGAAGCUGGGCACGGCAUGCAGCCUCAUCAAGUGCGUCGACACCUCCCUCGACGAGUCUCACUGCACAACCCCCUUUCAGCUCUCGACCUGAUCGCUCAGCUCUCAAGCGCCCUCGUCUCUCGGGUGCGGGAGGUAGUGUCCAAGCUGAUGGCCUUAGUGCCGCACAUGACAUUUUAGACCUUUCGGAACGGACCGGUAGACGAAGGAUCAAGACAGCUGCGGCUGCGUCCGCGUCUACUCGUCCUCAAGGUUCUCAGCUAGGCAGCGGAGCAGGCAGACCUGGUAGCGGAAGUGGGGCCGGCAUCGUCUCUUCUCUCUUCACGGGUGAUGUUAGCAGCGGACCAAAUGGUAACAUCUUCGCCGAGGGGACCACACCUGUCCGCAAUGCCAAGCCUACCAACGCCCCUCUUGACAGCUCGACCUUCUCGGGUCUGGCGCUCGAUCCGCUGAUAGUGCGCCAUCUCUCUGGCAGGAUGGAUAUAGGCUCGAGACCUACAGCUAUCCAGAGGACCGCACUGCCAGCUCUCAUGUCCUCAUCCUCUUCCUCCGAAGCGUUUCCGACGUACGACAAGGCGACUGCGAAGGACGUCUUGAUUCAUGCGCAGACGGGAUCUGGAAAGACGCUGGCAUACCUCUUGCCCAUCCUGCAGAGCUUGCUGCCGCUCUGCGAAGACGCUGCCAGCUGGAUAGACAGGAACAUUGGUACCCUCGCUAUCAUCCUCGCUCCCACACGAGAGCUGGCAAGGCAGAUCUACGAGGUGGCUGAGAAGCUGUUGGCUCUGCACUUGAGUGCACGAAGUGGCGACAGGACCGAUGAACGCGAAGCAGCCGAGAUUGCUGGAGACGAGGCUGCUGAAGAUGGGCAAGACCCUUCGCGCCGCCGCACGAGGUGGAUUGUACCCGGCUUGCUGUCAGGGGGAUCUACCAAGAACCACGAGAAGUCCAAGUUGCGCAAGGGACUACCUAUCAUCGUUGCGACUCCCGGUCGCCUGCUGGAUCAUCUACAGAACACCAGCACUUUAGACGUGGGUAGGCUUCAGUGGCUGGUGCUGGACGAGGCCGAUCGAUUGCUCGAGAUGGGCUUCAAAGAGACCCUGGAUGCCAUACUACGGGCUUUGGAUGGUCGUAGAAGAUUGGCCAGAGAGACAGCAAGAAAUGUCAUGCUGGAGAAUGGGGGCGCAGCGAAUGACGAGCCUACCGACGCGAUGGGCAUACAGUGGUGGAAAGCUCCAAGGAGGACCGUGCUGUGUAGCGCUACAUUGGACGAAAAUGUGCAGGUACUUGCAGGCACUGCUUUGGUGACGCCCAUCGUCGUCAGGGCCUUGGCCGACGGUGACGAGCCAAAAGACGCCUCAGCACCUUUGGCAAUUAGAUCCGAUUCCACAUCUUCGGACGUGAAUCUCGUUGCAGUCGCCAAGACGGAGGCACAACCUCAAGCAACAUUGUCUGCUCCAGCUCAGCUUCGCCAACACUUUGUCGUCACGCCUACCAAGCAGCGUCUUGUGAUGCUACUAGCGCUUUUGCGCAAAGCGAUCUCGAGCGCUACUUCGACUGAGGGAACGCCUGCAGCUACUCGACGGGUCAUCGUUUUCAUGUCUUGCACAGACUCUGUCGACUUGCAUUGGAACGCCAUGGGUGGAGUCAACAUGGAUAUACUAGAUGGUGCAGAGGAGCGGUCCACAACAGAGAGCGACGCAGGGACACCGAACUCAACCGUUGGUCAGACUUGUCAGCUCCUGCCUGAUGCGCGAGUGUACCGCCUGCAUGGUUCGAUGCCUCAAGCGGACCGUAUAUCAAGUCUGAGGACUUUUUCGAAGAAUGCGCCCUCCAACGGUGGCGCCUGCAAAGCUUCAAUUUUGCUCUGCACGUCUGUAGCUGCUCGAGGGCUGGAUCUGCCCGAUGUAGGCACCGUUAUUCAACUUGAUCCGCCGACCGACUCGGGAGCAGACGAGUACCUGCAUAGGAUUGGCAGAACUGCGAGAGCAGGUCGCAACGGACAAAGCUGGCUGAUGCUACUCCCUCACGAGCGAGAAAUCGUGUCCAGACUGGAAGAGAAUAUGCGCUCUGGCGAUGCAAAAUACAAAGACGCUCAGAAGCAUUUGCACGAAGCGGAUCCAAGGUCGACUUUGAGAGACGGAUUCGGGGGAAGGGGCGACGAGUAUGAGGCCCGGGCUACGGAUGCGCAAUUGGCGUUUGAGCGUUGGGUCAUGAGCAGUGAGAAGGCUUCGGCAAUGGCGCGCUCGGCGUUCAUGUCCCACAUUAGGGCUUACGCGACACAUCCAGCUUCCAACAAGGACAUCUUUCCCAUCGGCGCUUUGCAGCUGGGUCAUUUGGCCAAAGCGUUUGCCCUUAGAGAAGCGCCUGCAACAAUCAAGGCCAAAGCGAGAAGCAGCGGAUCUGCGGCCAAAUUGAACACAAGCAAGAAGCGCAAAAUCGAAGUGAAGGAAGAAGCCCACAGGAAGGACAAGAUCCAAAAGAUGCAGCAGAAAGCGCAGGACUUGGCCACGUCGGGACGAGAAGACGCGCGCGAUGGCCCGAGGGAAGAGGAGGAGGAGGAGGAGGAUUCGGACGAUCCGGCUGCUUUUGCCCGGUCGGCCGCUCGUAAACAUGCGAGGCAUAGCCUGCCCAAAGCUGGUGCUCCGACCAAGGACGUGCCAACGAACAGCGCCGAGGCGAGGAUGUACGCCAAGGUCAGAGCUUUGGGUAGGGAAACCAGGAAGGGAGGCGUGCUUGGUGCUCAUGCGGCUGAUGAAUUCCAGCUCGCUUGAACAACACCACUUGCUCGGAUUGAAGAUUCUUCUUGGGCGCUUGUAUGCUUGCAUUUUGUCAC